AUGUCUUCCAAAAAUUUUAAUUACUGCAAAAUAUUGUUUUAUUUAAUACGAACUUUGAAGAGUAAAAAGAAUUAUUAUUUACUGUCAUAUAUUUAUUUACAUUAUGUGAAAAUAAAAUUACAAAGGUUGAAAAAGAUGAAAGUCCAAAUAGAAGCAAUUAAUGACAGUAAUUUUAAAAGUAUUGUUGAAAAAUACUACUGUGAAAAUAAAAAAUAUAUUGACUAUACAUCGUGUGCUAUCGGAGCUGUCAAUUGUUUAAAAUUUUCAGAAACAAUGUGGAUAAAUAUCUGUUCUAAAAAAUGUGAUAAAAAAUAUAAAAUUCUUGUUUUACCAUUAGACGUCAAAAAUAAAUUAUAUGUAUCAGAAACAACUUUAUUUAAUAUUAAAAAUGUACUGGGUGAAAAUUUAUCACCUUUUAUAACUCCUGCAUGUAAAAGUAAGAUAGAAUGGGCUGACGAAGUUAAAGUAUCACUUCUGUCAUGUCAAGAGUGUUCUGAUGAUUUAGUAGAGAAUUUAUUAAAAAAUUACUUUUCUACUCCUCGAUAUUUAAGGACGAAAGAUAUAAUUAAAAUAAAUAUUAAAGAGUAUGCAAAAGAAUAUUUUUUUACUCUGGAAAACCGGCAGUUAACUGACUUAUUUUUUAAAGUAAACAGCGUGAAAAUAAAUAAUAAAUACACUAACAGAUCUUGCUAUGUAUCCUGUGAAAAGUCGACUCUUAUUCAAGAAACCAAAGUCCGUGGCUACCUUCCAGAGUUUAAAAAAUUAGAAAUAAUUGACGAUAGCAUCAAGGACGUUCUUGAGGAGAUUGAAAAGAAUUCAGUGUCCAAUUUUCCGCUAUUAUCUUAUAAACCUUUUGAAGAGUUAAAAGCUUCGAUACUGCCAUUUAAAAUGACUGAUAAUUGGAGGGGAAUGAAACCUAUUUUUUUGCUGAAAGGACCUGCUGGAUCAGGAAAAUUAAGAUUAAUCCGAGCUUUGUCUCAACAAAUGGGUUUUAAUUUUCUUGAUUUCAAUUGUGAUGAAACUCAAACGUUAUCUGUCUCUCAGAUAGAAACUAAAUUACGUAUAAGUUUAACUAACGCUCAAAAUUUAGUACCUUGUAUUUUAAAAUUGAGCAAUAUUAAUGUUUUUGGAAGAGACACCGAAGGUAAUAUUGAUGAAAGAGUGCCUCCAAAUUUUGCCGAGCAAAUAAAUGAUAUUUAUAAUAGUAAAAUGAAGUAUCCGUUGAUAAUAAUAGCGACAUCCGAAAAUGACGAUAUUCCCUCGGAGAUAACUCGUAAUUUUAUAGAAACAUUUUCUAUAGAUUAUUUCACGCAGGAUCAAAGAUCUGAAUUGAUCGAUUGGUUUUUAAAGAGUCGUAAUAUUAAAUACGACGUUGACUUGCCAAAAAUAGCUGGAAUGUGUUGUAAUUUUUUUAUGAAUGAUCUCGAAACUUUGAUACUGGACGCUGCUACUAAUUGUUACAAAUCCCUGAUGAGUAAUGAAAAAAGUUGGGUUAUUAUCAAUGAAAAUGACUUCAUUGAGGCUUAUGAUCAUAUGCAAGCAACAUUUUCUGAGCAAAUAGGAGCGCCGAAAGUGCCUCAAGUUUAUUGGGAAGACAUAGGAGGGCUGGCUAAUUUAAAAAGUGAAAUAAUGAAAAGAAUAGAAAUACCUCUGAUGCAAGACUGUGACAUUAAACGGUCUGGGAUUUUAUUUUAUGGCCCUCCGGGAACUGGAAAAACUCUAUUAGCGAAAGCCGUUGCUACAGAAUAUAAAUUAAACUUUUUAUCGGUAAAAGGCCCUGAGUUAUUAAACAUGUACGUCGGACAAAGCGAGAAAAAUGUUCGAGAAAUAUUUGAAUUGGCCCGAACAGCCUCGCCUUGUAUUAUUUUUUUUGAUGAAUUGGAUGCGUUGGCACCAAAUCGUGGUCGUAGUGGCGACAGUGGAGGCGUUAUGGACCGAGUUGUAUCUCAAUUGCUCGCUGAAAUGGAUGGGCUCGGUAGUUCUGCAGAUACAUUUAUUAUUGGCGCUACAAAUCGACCUGAUCUCAUUGAUUCUGCGCUAUUGCGGCCCGGAAGAUUUGAUAAAUUAUUGUACGUGGGAAUUUAUUCAGACUCUGAAUCACAAUUUACUGUUUUAAAAGCAAUAACUCGUAAAUUUAACAUGGCAAAUGCCGACCAGAAUUUGGAUAAAUUAGUUAAGUUAUUGCCGGAAAAUUUAACAGGAGCCGAUUUGAAUUCUCUUUGCUCCAAUGCCUGGCUAAAUGCAGUGCGCAAAGUUGUUAGAAAUUACCAAAAGUCUCUCGAUCAAAAACAAGAUAAAAAAAAGCCGGAAGGAAAUGUUAAUGUUGCUUUAGAUGACUUUCUUGAAGCUGUCAAGUCACUUGUACCUUCCGUCAGUCGGGAAGAAUUAAUGCGAUACGAAAAAUUGCAUCAAGAACUAGGUAGCAAAAUUUGUAAAUAA